AUAGCAUUGAAGAUCCUAGUAACCUAUAUAGAAUAAUUUAACCUAACCCCGGAUAUACUGUUACUUGACUACAUACCUACAUCAACAACCUCGUAUUACCAACUCAAGACGUGAUCAUUACACUAUCCAGAAUGGCAAAGCGGAAGUCCCACAAGCCCAAAGAAGACACGAAGACCUCCUUCAUGUUUCCAUCGCUCCAUCAACGAGUCUUAGAUGCAAUCUCUGACCAAGCUGUCUCGGCGCGGUUCGACGAAAAGACUACUAACCAGUCUAACAACAAAUACUCGACUAACAUCACGGGCAAAUUUAAAUGCAGCAACAAGGACUGUUCUAAGGGUGGCUGGAGCAGUAAGAAAGUCUCUAUACUGAUUAGGGGUUAUCCCGGGAACGGGUAUAAUGCGCUUGUAUUCAACCAACGCUGCCAGUCCUGCAACAAGCUCGGGAUCCUGACACUUGACGAGAACUCGUAUGUUGAACGAGUCGCAUACAGGCUCAAGAAGUGGGCAGGCGUUCGGACAGAGGAGCAGCCCUACGAACAGAACGCGGGCCCACCUCACAAAAGCGAACUCUGCGAAGGUUGUAAGCAAGGUUAUUGCCAGAAGAGGAACUACUGGGAGGAUUAACUGGUGCGAGGCAGAAGUUGAGGGAGAAGGAUUUAAGCAAUUUUAGGGCAUAUGUUUCUGUGAGAACAGCUUAGAUUGAUUGCCUGAGAUUUAGGAUGGAUAAUAUGGACAUUUACUAGUUUGUUAUCAAACCCAGAUCGUCAUUAUCAACAAACGUCUAGUUGAAAAGUCAAUUAAUGUAGUGCUUUUCUGAUACUGACAGAGUAAGCACUCCAGGAAGCGUGGCAAACCUCUCCACGUCAUGGUAUUCGUAACCUCUAAAGCAGUCUCGUACUUGGGUUUUCUUAAUUUCCAGGUAACGAUAAUCAAGGGUGAUCCAGUGUAAUAGAGUGCACAAUUGAGGGUUCGUCGGGGAUCCCUCACUAUAGUUUCAACGAAUGACCAUAGUCUUAGAUUGACAACGCGUCCCAUUGUAAGGCUUAGCCAACUCCUAGCAGGGUUGUACGAAUAAAUGCGAAUUCGUACAAG